UUCUGGCGCAUGUAUUUACGCCCUCGAACAGCUACGAAAGGGAGGGGGCGGUAUUUGAAGAGCGGUCGCGCGAUUUCAUCCCUCACACGCGGACUUGACUUCUUGCGCGACCGACAACCCUUCGGUGGAAGAUCCGACACCAGGAAGUCCCAGAGUUCCAGAAUAGAACACUGCUUCUAGCACCUCCGGUGAUCCUUUGCCUCCCGGGAAAUCGAUCGUCUCUGCGAAGAUCCAGCAUGAAGGCAAUCAACUACGUCUGCUGCGCUUUGGUACUCGCCUGCGCUCUGAAAAUGGCGCACUCUGAGAAGUCUCAGGACAAGAUGGAGCAACAGUUCAUGGACGCGUAUACGACGGACGAGUCGCUCAAGAUCAAGAGACCGUUUUGCAAUCAUUUCACUGGAUGCGGAAAGAAGAGGAGUUUCCGCGAGAACGUGGCUUCUCUGGACGCGGAGGCCGUUGGUAGCGUUCGACUUCCUCUUUCCGUCUACAAAGCCUUGCUGAGAGCCGCCUCCCAAAACAUCCAGAACACAAUCGAUCGCGACAUGAACGAGUAUCAGCUGUCGGAUGUCCCCCAUGUAUACCUGUCCGGAAAGAUCCCUCUCCAUAAGAGGCUCGACGUUCCAUCGACUUCCUUGGAGUAAAUUCGACGCUCGAAUGCACGAAUGAUGCGGAUCUCGUUACGCCAUGCUGGCUGAACGUCGAAGAGAAACUUUCGUUACACGUUCGCGUCUUUGUUUAUUACAGAAUUUAUUCGAUUGUUAGACUACCGUGCAAUUGAAAACGAUCCACGGUAAGACGUGUUUUUCCCGCGACGUUGCUUGUAUCUUUGUUAAAAGUCAAACGAGAAUUAAUAAUAAACGACGCGACUCUAGCGUAAGUAAGUAUCGUCGUUAUCCAGCGACUCCGACAUUACCCAAUUCCUCGUCGUUUAUCGUGGAUUAACGCAGCAGAGGCAUCGACGAGUCGUAUUUUAUGUAUUUUGUUCUUCGACCUGUUAACGAGGGUAAUAAAUACGAUUACACAGAUCUAAA